AAGCCAGCCCGGUAGUGCCGUUUUGAAAUGGGGAUGGGGGCGGGGCGUUGCCUGGUUACCCGGGAUGUGACGGACGGAGCCCCGCACGCGAGUUGGCCGGGGGUUAUUUAACGCCUAGCUGGGCGCACAGCCUAUCAUGCCACCGUCGGGCGGGAAGGCAGGGGGUAUCGUCUGGUGUCGGCUCCGGCGGUCGCUACGGGAGGUUCUGGGUCGCGGGUUCCCGCAGGGCGUCCUGCUCCUUCCUCUGCUCGCAGCUGCCGCCUACCUGUUCCCGCUUCUCAGCGCCCUCACUCUGUGCGUUGCUGCCGGCUGCUGUGUCUACUACAGCUCGGAGAGAGCGGCCUGGCGGCUCCCGGAGUGGAGAGAGCUCUGUGGCUGGGCCGCGGGGAGACGGCUGAGGCCUGUCCCGCAGAAGAGGCAGCGGGAGCCGGUGCAGCAGGGGAGUCGCGCUUCCCGAGGGUUACUAAUGGGCAGUUACCUGGGUACACUGGAGCCCCCAGCCAGGGGACGCGGGACUCGGGAUCUCCCGGAGAGGAUGAGAGCACUCAACCCGGCCUUGCAUGCCCCGGCCUUGCCCCACGCUAUCAGGGAGAAGCCUGUGUUUUCUAACCGAACGUUCGUGUGUCCACGAAGACGUUACCCAACCCACCAGCCCAAAUAUUAUAUGUCCGGAAUUCUUCCUACAGUGUAUUCAGAUGACUAUCCGCGAAAACCUGUGCUGUUGCGUAGAAAUUCUAUGGUUCACAGUUCUGUGAUAAUUCCACAUCCAGGCCCGAGUAUUUAUCGGUCACCCAUUUUGGAUAAACUGCUACCAGUAGCUCCAGAUCCUUGUGCAAAAGAAACCGUUCUUAAUGCCAUCAGAGAAAGCAGAAAGAGGAUGAACAAGGAUGAAUACAAUGAUAGUGCUGACUUGGAGAGCAAUACAAGUUUGGAUAAACUGCUACCAGUAGCCCCUGAUCCUUGCACAGAAGAAACCGUUCUUACUGCCAUCAGACAAAGCCGAAAGAGGACGAACAAUGAUGAAGAAUACAGUGAUAGUGAUGAUUUAGAGAACAAUACAAGGAUGCAGACUACCAGUGGAAGUGCAGAGUCCUCGUUUGAAUCCUCUGUAGCAAAUUAUGCUACAGAUGUCUUAAUGUCCGACAACUUGAAGCGAGGGCUCAGUGAGCAACCACUUGACGAUAAUGUGAUGAAACGCUCCCGAACCUCCUCCGACACCUCAUUUAAUAGUAUUCCAAAGCGUGGAUUUCCCAACAUGCAUUCACAUAAUGUCAUCACAAGCUCCUACAGUUCCCUCAUAUACCCCUUGCAGAAGAGCGAAAGGAGUAGUCCGAACACCCCGGCUGUUUCAAGCUCUUCCUUAUCUCGAAGCCAGACACCAGAUGUAUCAGCCAGGCCAGACACCUUGAAGAGAGGGCCGAAUGCGCAACCGCGUGACGACCAUGUGACAAAACGCUCCCGGACCUCCUCCAAAAGUUCAUUUAAUAAUAUUCAAAGGCGUGGAUUUCCCAACAUGCAUUCACAUAAUGUCAUCACAAGCUCCUACAGUUCCCUCAUAUACCCCUUGCAGAAGAGGAAAAGUAGUACUCGUAACACCCCGGCUGUUUCAAGCUCCUCCUCAUCUCGAAGCCAGACACCAGAUGUGUCUGCCAAAAAAGCCAGAGAUGAAUCGCAUGAAAUAAGUCCAUCAUCCCCAGUGGGCUUGAGCAACCGAGAACAGUCUGGACAACUAAAUGAAGCCGAUUCUUCAAAAUCCCCUGCUGUAAACUCGUCAUUCAAGAAUUGGAGUGAAGGGACUCGUAGGAGAAAAGUGUUGUUGACCUGCCCACCAGAACGUGUUGAUCGCAUCCCACCGCCUGCUCUACCACUGGGUAGAAGCAUUUCAUCAAAGGAGUAUGAUGAUGCGAAAAAAGAAUCCUUAGAGAGGUUGUACAAGGCACUGGAAGAUAAAACUGAUCCUGUCCCGGUCAGCUCUGGAUCAUCCACAAAUGCAACCUCUACAGUGCCACCCAGUCUCUUCAGUUUACCUCCCACGACAUCAGGGUCCUUUGUGUUACCGACCUCCACUGCGAAUAGUAACUCAUUAUUACAGAGUCUUGCUGAAAUGCAGAACAAGGACUCUUCACAAGUACCUACACAAAAUGUGGUUCCAGAGACUCUGCAUCUCAAUGUGGUCCCAACACUUACUGCACAUUCUCUCAAUGAGCCCUGUAAAACAAAUUCCAUGCAGCCACCUUCCAAACCGGCGCCUACAGCCACCGCAACGCUUGGCAGCACAAUAUUUCAGCCAGUGACUGUUACCCAGCCCAAGUCGGAGUCCCCAAAGACUACUCUUGCUAAUACGUUGCAGAAUGAUGUGCAGUCUACUUUUAAGCAAAUAUUUCCCAGCAAUGAAGGCUCCAGCCCACCCAUUGUUUCAUCAAAUUUGUCUACAACCUCCGUUCCUGCAACAAAUAUAAACCAGUUUAAACCAAUAUCUGGUGAUCAGAAUAGCCAGCAAGGGCAGCCUGCAAAUACUUUUAAGCCUAUAUUUGGGGAUUCUACAGCCCAGCAACCGGUUUCAUCUGCUGUCCCUUUCACAUUCAAUUUGAAUUCUGCAGCCACAGCACCUACCACAUCAUUCUCUGGGUUUAGUGCUACAGUGAUGAAGACCACACACAGUACAGACAGCAGUACCAAAUUGUCCCAGACUUUACCCACCUCCAACAGCAGCACCACUAGCUUCAGUUUAUUGUUCCCAUCUGCAGCAACCUCCAAUAGUGUAACUGCUUCUGGAAAUCCAUUCAUAGGAAGCAGCACAAUUACAGAUUCCCAAUCCAAAUCUACAUACGAGUCUGGGCAAAAGCUACAAGAGACACAGAAUCUACCAGUGUUUAGCAAUGCACAAACUGUACCCACAUCAACUUCACAUCCCCAACAAUCAACAAUGGUUAGCUCUGCAGCGAACUUUCUAUGUAAACUUGGCACAGAGCCACCCCCCUACCCCGCUAAUACUGGUGCACCUACUUUCAACAGCAGCCCAGGGAGUGGUGUGCAAGCAGACAAACCUACCACAAAUCCUCUUGCUGGAUUUGGAGCAUCUGGAGGUCCAUCUGCCUUUGGUACAGGCGCUCAAUCUACUUCUUGGAGCAGCUCUUUGCCAACCGUUUGGACAAACACUCAAUCUGCGUUUGGAACAAAUACUAAUUUUAGUUUUGGGCCUACUCUUGCUGGCUCAAAUGGAACAACAUUUAGUAACCAGAACACCAACCAAACAAACAGUACCCCCUCAAACUUAUUUGGUGUUGCCAAGCCCUUCACGUUUAUGAAACCCCCCACUAAUACUGUAACAUUUGACACCAACACUGCACCUGCCGCAGACAUGAGUUCUUUGUUUCCUUCUGUGGCUCAGAAUAGAACUGAUACUCCAAUGGGCUUUGGGACCCCUGUACCAACGGAGAACAACCCCCCGUAUGUGUUGGCUACUCCAUCGUUUGGUCAGAGCCCUUCCACAGGACCCAGUGCUAUUGUAACAUCUACCCCAGCUGCCUUUGCCAGUCCUGUGUCCUCAUUUAGCCAAGCAGCUCCUGGCUUCUCUAUCGGUCUGACAUCAUCUAGACAUUCAGCCACACGGCAGCGAACAACGAGACGUCAGCACCCAAGAAAGAAAUAGUUUUUUGUUUUUUAUAAUUGUUCUUUUUCUUGGAUUUAAAUGUACAUGGAAUGAGGCCAAAAUAUGGUGACUGGGAAAACCAGACUUCUGUUUCUUGGGCUCUUUAAAAUACUCUGUACGACUGGUUGUACUUUUGGUUUUUGUUUAUUAUUGGUCAGUCUAUUUGCAGUGCCUUUCGGUUUGCCUGCCUCCUUAGUGUCUUUUAAUGUUCCUUUUGGUAACUGUGACACUCCAGCUUACUGAAGAUCCAUGAAUGAGUUCAGAGUUGGGAAGUGCCUAGAAAAUGAAGACUGCUGUAGUGUUAGGUCUCUGAAGAUCAUAAUGGAUGUUUGCCCCCCCCCCCCCAAAAAAAAAAAAAAAAUCUCUGCAUACUGUCACAAUGGACUAGAAAAUCUUUGAACAGCCUCGCUGACUUGCCGACUGGUGCACUAUCAACUUUUUGUUUUAAUUCAAACAGGUUGCCUAACAAGGUGAUAUCAGGUUUUCCACCUGAAGAUUGCUCACGGUCGAUGGCUUGCAGUAAACUGAAGAUGUACUAGAGGGCUUUUAUUUAAUCUAACAUGGUGAUGUGAUUCAGUAGUUCUGAAAGCUGUUGUAUAUUUGAUAAUCCGAAAAAUGUAGGCUGUAAAGUAUUAGGACUGGGACUGAACAGUCCUUUUAUCACCCCUUUCGUGCAGACUGUAAGUUAAUGAUCAGGUAAGGUCUUAAAUUAUGACUGGCUCUGUGUCAGGUUUUUUUCUGUGUUGUGAAACAAAAUACUUGUUAGCUACCUCUAAGGGGAAGAGUGGGAAUGACAUGUUGCAAUGAGACUGGUGUGUGUCUGGUAGAGUAUUGCUCCCCUUUUUUGAUGCUUGGGAUGUAUGAAUUUUCAUCAAGUGAAUGCACUUGCCACAUGUGUUUUUUUUUUUUUUCAGUAUUUUUUUGUUUUUAUAUAUAUUGAUUUUAAAGUUGAAGCAAAUAUAACGAAAUUAGAAUAAAUUGUACAUAGAAAAUAAAACCUUUUACCAGCAGAACAA